AUGGACUAUUUGGCCACUUAUGAUUCCACAACAGUGUACGAAAUUGGAGUGUGGGAUGCGUUCUUGUCAGUCUCUGCUGCAAAGGGUGUCCUUAAACAGCUUUUAUCCAGAACUCUGACUGCCGUUCCAACAGAGUGUGACCAUAUGAUUGAUAACAAAUUUGGGAAAGCCAAACUUGAGAAGGAUGACUCCCAGGUCUUCGUGAUUUACAAAAUCAAAAAAGCCUUUGCAUGGUUAAUUGAAGACCAUUUACAGGGGAUAGAGGAUAGGAAAACACAUGAAAAAUUUAUGACUGAAAUUAAAUCAGAUGAGAAAAGAUUUAAAUCAGAGGGCUCUGAUAUUUCUUGGGAACUAAAUCCAUUUUGUAGUGAAGGAAAAUCUGCAAUGGCAAACUGUUGUUCAGUGACUCUGCAGGAUCGAAAGCUUUCUCCAUUCAAAGUGAACACAAACUUCUCCCAUCACUGUUGCCUGAAAGGGAAAACUUGGGCUUCUCUGACUUCCCUCUAUUUCCAAGCACAGAUAUCGACCAAAUGUGAUCAAAGGAGAGAUGCUGAAGCCAUUGACUACAGGAAACGAUACUGGAAUGGCCGACUCAUUCUCAUGGGCCUGACAGAUUCUCUAAUAGCCCAGCUGGUCCUUUUCAUGGGGUUUCUUUCUAUCUAUAUGAUUUCUGUGGUGGGGAACAUAGGGCUGAUCCUGAUAAUCCAGAAAGACUCCCAGCUUCACAGACACAUGUAUUUUUUCCUGUGUGGUUUGUCUUUUGUUGAUCUGAGUUACUCCACAGCCAUUACUCCUAAAACCUUGGAGAAUGUAUUAACAUCCAGAAAGAAAAUCCCAUUCAUUGGCUGCUUUGCCCAGAAGUAUUUUUUCAUUUCUUUAGCAGGAACAGAAUGCUUUCUCCACUCUUCAAUGGCAUACGAUUGUUAUGUAGCUAUCUGUAACCCACUGUUUUAUUCCUCUGUUAUGUCCACAAGAGUAUGCAUGUGGCUUAUGGUUGGGUCACAUGGAGUUGCUUUUACAAACUCCCUGAUAGUUCUUCUGUUCAUAGCUAGGUUGCUAUUUUUCAACUCAAAUGUAAUUCAACAUUUUUUUUGUGAUGCCUCACCAAUCUUGUUUCUGUCCUGUGCUGACACACACAACACGGAAAUGAUGAUCUUUAUCUUAGCUGUCUCCACCCUUGCAAAGUCUCUGAUAAUGAUUACAGUCCCUUACAUGGCUAUUAUCUCUGCCAUUUUGAAGAUCAUCUCCACUGUAAAAAGAGAAAAAGCUUUCUCCACCUGUGCUUCCCACCUCACGGGAGUCAUCAUCUUCUAUGGGACUCUAAUCUUUACAUACCUAAAGCCACGUAAAUCUUACUCCCUGUAUAAGGACCAGGUGGCUUCUGUUUUCUACACCAUCGUGGUCCCCAUGUUGAACACCCUUAUCUACAGCCUGAGAAGUAUAGAGGUGAAAAAUGCUUUGAGCAGAAUGAUUCAUCUGUGUCCUAUAAUGAUGUGGCUGAAAGCAGGACAACAGGCAGACAUCACUAGCUGGAGAACGAAGGGGAGGCCUUCUCUCCGUCGGUCUCUUCUGGAGCUCCUGCUGGUGUGGUCCAAGUCCCGCCACCACCAGCACCACCAGGUGCUACCCCUGGUCCCUCCAGGUCAGAGGUACAAAAUUAAGCCUAUAACAGCACACAACACCUUCAUAGGCUACUUGAAUUUCUCCAAUAAGCUUUGGACACCUUCUGGUCCCCCUUGCUUAUAUGCAAUUAGAAAGAAAAUCUUAUAUCAGUCUACUUUCUAG